AUGCCGAGUUCGAAGAAGGACAGGAAGAACGCGAAAGAUGGUGCAGUUAGCGCCGCGGUGACGAAACUCGCCGCGGGCAAGUUCACGAACGGUAGUCCUUCCAAGAGUCCUCCGUUCGAUGCAUCGUCGCCUCCUGUGAAUUCUCCCGACAUUCGACCCAUAGCCCAAGGCCCGUCCCCCUACGAUGGGCACCCUGCCAUCUCGCCGUCCCUGGAUGCUCUUUCAACAACCUCUGCCUCGGCUGCGAGCACAAACCAAGAUUGGGCACGAGGAGGCCUUUCUGGGUCUCCAGGAAACUUGAUCAGCCUCAUGGGCGAGUCACCACCCACCCAACCUUCCUCCUAUGAGGAUUCCGGUCGCCUCCACCACGGAUGGACCGUCCAGCGACAGUCCUUGACUCCCCAAACGGCCUCCCCUUCCCCUCCCAAUAGCAUGCCAAACCACAUGAAGCGACCCCUGAGCUUCCAAAUGGACUCCCAGUUCCCGCUUGAGGCUUACCAUCAACCCGCUGCCGCUGCAGCAUACCGUCGCAGCUCUAUGCACUCUCAGCUUUCCCACGCUAGAGUCGGUCCGCAACCCCCGCUCCCCCACCAAGCCCAGCCGCACUUCUACGGUGCUCCUGACAUCGAUUUUGAUACGGCCUCCAAGGCUGGCAUGAAAGCCGGCGACAAGGGCUACUAUUUCGGAUUUGACACGCUUCCCUCUGCCCACACCGAGUUUGUGCCGGGAUCGGACAAUGUCGUGCUGGCUGGCUACGAGGGUGGCCUUGAAGUCUAUUCGGUUAGCAAGCGCGGCUUGGAUCGCGUUGCCGGUCUGAAAGGACUGAGAGGAGGCGUCUACGAUGCUAAAAUCCUGCCCUGGUCGAAUCCUGGCACCAAGGUCGACUACUCCCCGCUCGUCGCUAUUGUCAUCCACGGCCCGGUGCUGCCGCAGACCUCUCCGGAGAUCGCGAUCCAGGCAGCGAACGAUCGCGUCGCCGAAGACGCAGCCGAAGCACCUGGCAGUCCUCGAACAGACGACAGCCAGAAGGGCGGCCCCUCUGGUCGUUUCACACCCGUCAUCGAAUUCUACCAGACAUCAGUCGAGUUGUACUCCCUCAAGACGGGCAAGCUAGUCGACGUGCUUCUUCAGGCUCCCAAAGCUUCUCUGUCGACCCCAGUCACCAGUCCAAUCUUCAAGGCGCCACCGCCCACGGGCGCAUUCACGAUUAAAGCUGACGCUGGAAACAUCGUUGUGGCUUCGGGCAUAAGCGGAGAGUGCUGGGUUUACCGCUCGAUCCCGGACUCCGACGAGGCUUCUAGCCGGUUUGGCUGUGUUGGCAAGCUCUGGACCAGCCUUCAGCAACCUCCCAGAGGCGACGUUGCGGAGGAAGCAGAGAGGCGCCACUCACCAGCGCUCCCACGACCGAACCCACAGACCCCGAUACUGUCGCUUAGCGGUAAAUGGAUUGCCUAUUGUCCUCCCGCAGCUUCCUCGCAGAUUGCUCUCCGCGCCCAUGUUCCGGUGCCCGUUUUGGGCAAGGCCCCUGGCAUCUCUUCGGUAACCUCGCCCGUCCUCCCUGCGGUCACCGGCUCGGUUGACUCUCCCAUGGCCGAGAGCAUGGUCAACAAAAUAAUGCGCGAGACAACGCAAGAACUCAUCUCCGGUGCGAAAUGGGUCGGUCAGCAAGGACUGCAGGCCUGGAACUCGUACUGGAAUAAGAAUACGAAUCAGAUGCCUCCGUCGCAGUCUAGGUCGCCUCCGUUGACUGCUCAGCAGUGGGCUGGUUCGUAUCCUCCCCGUCACGACGCGCCUCAGUUCCCACCGACACAUGGCACGCCCGGCCACGCGGUGACUAAGGAUCCCGGCCUCGUCUCCAUUUUGGACAUGGACAGCUUGCGGACUUCUGUCACUCUGCACCCGCUCAUUACUUUUGCGUCUCCGCUUGGCUGCAGCUUCUUGUCUUUCUCGCCGACGGGACUGUCCCUGUUCACGGCUAGCGGCAAGGGUGACGUGCAAACGGUAUGGGACCUGAUGUGCAUCCAGUACACCAAGUCGUCGCCUCUCCAAGUGUCAGCCGCCAACAACGCGAUCGGUCCAAGGGUCCGCCAGGUUGCGCAGUUUUCUCGGAUGACGGUCGCUCGGAUUGUUGACGUUGCUUGGUCGAAACCCAACGGGGAACGAAUUGCAGUCGUCACCGAGAGAGGCACCGUUCAUCUUCUCGACAUGCCGUCCAGCGCCUUCACCUGGCCGCCGCCUCGUCGCCGCAAGGCCACAGAGGAAAACGGCGCGCCCGCGUCAGACGCACCUAGCUCGGCCGUCUCGAUUGCUUCCAGCGCUUUUGGUGCUGCUUAUUAUGCCGCCAGGCCUUUGAUCACUAGGCCGCGUAGGAGCAGCGCGAAUGCUCAGGGCUUGGCUGGUGGCAACUUUGUCGACUCUGCGAGCGUGGGUGGAAGGGCUAUUGCUGCCAGCAUCAGCCACUCCCUGGGCAAGACGGGCGUUGCCAUAAACCAGCUGCGUCACACGGGAGACAACCGCGUAUCUCUCCCACAAAGCUCAACGCUUCCAGGCUCGUCGUGCGUUGUGUGGAUCACUGGUAGAAAGUACCAUACUCUGUACGUCGUUGGCGACGGCCUCGUCCGUACGUUCCCGUCCAAGACUCGUCGUUCGUCGACCGCGCCCAGCAAGCAGCGAGCAGCUCGUGGGCUUCGUUAUAAGGAUUUCAAAAUCCCCGCUCUGCCCCUCGAUGGCUUGUCUUCUGCGGUCCGUCAGUUCAUGGACUCCGACGAAUACCUGGAUUUGUCCGACAGAGAGCUGGACGCAGGCAAGACACUGACCCUGGACCCGCGAGCUAGACCGCUCCAAGUCGACCUGAGCGCAGAAGCCUCUAUCCCUCAAGCUGAAAUAGAGUCCAGCGCACCAUACCAGCCUUUCCAUACCGACAGGCGUGUAGCUCUGUACGAAUACGGAGGUCAAUCGGCGGCGCUGCCGCCUUCUCUGGCGGCCCUCAUGGCCGAUACCACGCUGGAGGACCAGGCAACGCCCAAGCAGAAAAAGCGGCAGCAACGCUUGCGUGCUCAGCACACACCUGUCGAGACGGACUCGUCACAGCCCUGGGCUUUUGGCCAGCCGCUUAACCUUGUCAAGCUUGACACCGGGCACCACUCGAUUUCAGAAGAUGAAUUCAACAUUUCGGAUGAUCAUCGUGCGCUCCCGCUGUCGUCAAUGGAGAGAGUGAUGCAUCGUGGAGAGAACGGCGACGAGAUUGUUGUCACGACACGUCGUCGGCGUGGAGCACGUCACAUGGAGGAUGAGGAUGGGUUUUUUGAGGACGAUUGCGAAGUCCUCGACUUUGCCGAUCAGCGGGUUUGA